AUGGAAGCUUGCAUUUUUACGAGUCAUAUGUCCAUCCUCGUGAAUGGGAGCGCCACUAGAGACUUCAAGGUCCAAAAGGGUUUGCGCCAAGGAGAUUGGUUGUCACCGUUUCUCUUUGUUUUAGCUAUGGAAGGUCUAACUUCUUUAGUUAGAAAAUCAGUUGAAUUGGGUGACUUUAACCCAUUCAAGUAUGGUGUAGUGGAGGGUGUCAACAUAGGAGAUUGGCUUAUGAGUUCGGCUGCUACUUUUCUUGCUUGUAAGAAAGGUAACAUUCCGUUUUCCUUCCUUGGUAUAGUGGUGGGAGAGAACCCUAGAAGGAAGAAGGUGUGGAAGAAGGUGAUUGAUAACAUUAAGAAUAUAUUAUCAUCAUGGAAGGGUAGAAAUAUUUCUAUUGGUGGUAGGGUGAUGCUUAUCAAUGUGGUUCUUAAUGCUAUUCCUUUCUUCACAUUUUCGUUUUAUAAAGCUCCGACCAAAGUGUUAAAAGAAAUCAAAGGGCUUCAAAGCAAUUUUUUGUGGAGUGGGAACGUAAACAAAAGGAGUAUUCAUUGGGUGAAGUGGGAUACGAUUUGCAAGCCAAAGGAGAAGGGGGGUUUGGGAGUUAGAGAUUUUGGUGAGUUUAAUAAAGUGCUUCUUCUAAAGUGGAAAUGGAGGUUUCUUAAGGAGGAUAAAGCCAUAUGGAGUAGUUUUAUGGGGCUUAGAUAUCACAACAUAAAAUUAAAAGUGAUACAACCUAGUAGGGAAGCUCUUAACUCCGAUGAAUCUAUUUGGUGGGGAGACGUUAUUUCAAAUGAUGUAAAGGCGGAUACAAGUGAGGACGGAUUCAAUAGUUGUGUUCAAUGUAGAGUCAAGAAAAGGAACAACACUUUAUUUUGGCAUAGCAUUUGGUUGGGAGAAUGGUAUUUUCACUUGGCAACCGGCGCUGCUGUUCGAUUAUGUUACUAA